AUGGACAGUCUCUCGCGUCUACAAGGUCUCCAUGCUGACCUUGUCGCCUUCACCGAAACGCGACUGGCCAACAUCGACCGCCUAUGGCAGGAACUAGAGGACAGCAUUCAGGAUUUCAGGAAGCUGCUGGACAAGACAACACCAACGAGUGCCGAUCGAGACGCUUACAACAACGGGAAACUCAGCGUCGACGACGAGGAAUAUGCCGUCAAUGAUGAAUUCAAGCAUAUCAGCCGGGCCAUUGCAACCACUCUUGACCUAGACGAAAUCGAGGCCGGACGACUACUCAUCCAAAGUCGAGCCGAUAUCCACACCACAGAGGAUUCUUUUGUGAUGGACGCAGUGAGCAAGUUUCACAAUCGCAGAGAUCUCCUACUCCAGUCCCUCCGAAUUACGCUCCAACAGUCGCUCACUUUGGAACCUGAUGAUGGAGUCAAACAUGUCUUUGAGACCACCGUUGCACGGGUGUUGGAGAUUGAUGGUGGUGUUCCCGGCAACGGAUCAAUCUUCACCAGAAAAUGCUUGGGUGCAUUGGAGGACAUUGAAAAGUUACAAGCCAAGGUUGCGGAUGCACUUCAGAGCAAAGCGGUUCUAGGUGGGCCACGCGGCCCCGAGUUCUAUGCCACCCUUGAAUUCCAGCGAGACAGUCUGUUCAAGCAGCAUGAGGCCCUUGCUUGUAUUCUCGCGUAUUUGUUUCAAGGAGACUACACCAACCAGGAAGAUCUGCGAAAGCUCCACGGUGUGCUGCCGCGCUGGAACCGCCUCGAUUUCAAUCUUAUCCACUAUCUGCCCGCAUUCUCCGCAGCAUUUCGACAGUACGGUUCUCCCGGGAGCCACCUUUCCCCUGAGAGCACUGCCUCCCUCGACUCUGUAUUUGGGUCAGUGCCACAAGAUGCCCCCUCGACCCCCAUCAGACCUUUCCAGGCAGUUUUGAGUCUCUGGUGGACUGUUGAGUACAGUGGGCAAUUCCGCGACCUGUCCGACCAGGACCCAGGAGCAGACAAGCGGGCAAAUGCAGUCAAGGCAGCGCUGAAGGAGGAUGCGUUAGAAUUCAUGCUUGCAAUAUGUACCAGCACCAAUUCAGAUGUCUGGCGGCAUCCUGCCCGGCAGGAGCUGGUGGCUCUACUUCUCAUCGAUACUGCGGGUUUCGCGCUCGAAGGCGAGCAGACCUCAUCCUACUUUCGGUUACAAUUCAUGCAAUCUCUCGAAAACUUCACCGAGGCCUUCAUUUCGAACAUGCCGGACUCGAUACGAAAGCUCAGGACCGAAGAAGACGACCAGAGGUUGAAUCAAUUGACAGCAAUGCAAGAAGGCUUGCCACCUACUAAUCAAGGCACGAGCGUCAGCAAACUGCAUCUGGAAUGUUUCCUCAUCCUCAUUUCGUUCGCGUUUGAAGGAAGACCCGAGGCUGCGGAGCAAUGGUGGGAAGACCCCGACAGUAACUUGUAUGGCUUCCUGCAGUGGGCAUCCAGAAGACAAACAGUGCCAAGGGUGAGCGCUUUUUGCGAGCUCUUAUGCUCGAUCUCAGAGGAGCAAGAGUGCGCUGAAGCUGCCCACAAAUUCUUGCUGGACGACUCACAGCCUGCUCCAGUACGAGGUAGACGCAACCCUUCCAUGAACUAUCAACAGAUUUUUGCCGAGUUGGAGCUCUAUGCGCAGAAGGUCCAUGAACGCCCUAUUACCUCGCAACUACCAAACGUACGAAAGAUCCAGCCCACGGAUAUGAACGAGCUGGAGAGCCCUGUCAUGCUCUCCUGUUAUCUCCGCUUACUUGCGCACCUCAGUCGACAGCCCAGUGGUACGCGGCAAUACAUCCUACAGACCGUGACUCCGGCUUUCCCGCACGCUCUCCUGCUUCUCAGUUCCGGUCCUGUCCCAAGUUAUCUGAGAGCAAGUGUUUUCGCGGCACUAGACGCGCUGCUGACUGACAAGACCGCUCAAACUGCUGCCACACUGUGGCAAAUCGUCGACGAGUGGGCGGCAAACAGCCAUGACAGAGCCCGACCAACCGCCAGCAAAACGAUAGCACCUCCCAAACCAACGCUGCUCAACCUACAAAGCACGCUCAAUUCAAUAGCAAUGUCAUUUGACCAGUAUGAUGCCUUUGUCGUGUUUCUCCGGGAUCUGGUCGUUUCUUUGCCUUCCACCGGGCUCGGGACUGAUUUGCUUCCAUUUCCCAAAGAUCUCGGAGCGUCGUACAGGGCCCCCGGGAUAGCCCCUUACAUCGACUUUGUAUGCGGUCAAGUCUUUGCCAAAGCGAUCCUAGAAGUUGGUGAUGAGCUUCAACGAUCAAUUGGUUCAUUCCAUUGUCUCGAAUUCGUGGCGGUUGGCCUCGAGGGGUUCAAUGAAGACUAUGUGGCGAUGCUUGACCGUACGUCAUCCGCACAUGACGCUCUUCAAGAAAUGCCGGAGGCAGCUUCAUAUGCUCAACGCAGUCCAUUUGCGAGGCUUAUGCAGUGGAUCCUUAGCAGUGAUAUGACCAAGCCGUUAAUGGAAACCCUCCGCGUGUCUGGCGAGGCUGCCGAUGCGGCUCUGCCGGACUCGCCCUUGCUCCUCAGCCUACAACGCUCGAUUGACAUCAUCAAUCGGGUGCUUGAGUUGCAGCCAACCUAUUUCGACAUAGUAAGACCGCUGGUGCAGUCUCAGUCAGCACAAGACGGCCCACUUGCUCGGCCAAAUCUCAAUGGCCUAGAAGAUAGCCUGGCUGCGAACCCAGAGAUCGUACUCAAUCUUUGCCAGUUUUCUGCUACCGGGCAUUCUGAGCUCGCACUUCGCGCUCUGGCUCUGCUGCAGAAGCUCUCCAGCUCUCCGAAGCUCAACAACCAUUUCCUGGCUAGCGAUCCCACCCUUGGUCGGACGCGGAGAAUUGUGGAUAUGUUGGGUCCAGAUCCGGCCUUUGAGCUGGCGCCAAUUGCGAAAAAUUUGUCUGCAAGGCUGCAGUUCGAUGUCCGGGAGCUUGAGGAAGGAUUUGAGUCCGUCAGCUACCUCCUCAAAGACGGUAUUUUGGCUUUUUUUAAUGCAUGCCUCGAAACGCAGCCCGAUCUUCCAAACCUCGCGCACCUUCUCAUAGGCUUCGCUAGAUUGGGCGAACGUUUGACCAUUUCCGACUCGAUCGACGCAGCAACUGCUGUUUUCAACUCCAUAGUUGAUCUGGCCCGGAAUUACCCUGACGACGAGGCUGGUAUCAUGUCAUCAUGGUUGAUACACAUGAAAGCAGCCGCACUGCGUGUGCUGAGACAUCUAUGGCUGUCUCCGAUAUCAGCUGCAAUUGUUGUUGGCCAACUCCGCCGAUUUCAGUUCUUACAAUCUUUGUACUUGAGCCUACCCGUCGUCCAUCAGCGAACUCUGUGGGACGGCAAUAGCGUGCUUCACCCAGCUUUCUGGUACACCACAUCUGCAGAAGCUCUUGCUGAGUUCCUCACAUUUCGGGCGUCGUUGUACAAUUAUACUGCCAGUGAGAUACGGUCAGCAGUGCGUGAAGGGUUGUCGACAACACUGCGACAGACCUUGUCAACUCUACAAGGGAAGACGACAACCAUGGACGGCAGUAUCAUCACCAACCCUGAUGUGUUUGCUCUUUUUGACUUUCUCGAACUCGAUCUUUCCGCCAAUCUAGAGCUAGACCCUCAAUUCUACGCGGGAGUGGACUUUGAGAUCUAUCUGACGGAGGCUACCGACAGUCAGCCUAGCGUUUACGACGUUAAGAUGAUCCGCGAGUAUCUCAAUGCUUACCGGGCCGACAUGGUACGAAAUCAGCCAACACCGACCAGCAGCAAAGUCGACGAGCAAAUUCUGAUUGACGAAGCCGACACUAUAUUGGCCAAAAUCGAAGCUCGAAAUCGGUCUAUCCUUGCCCACAAAGCCAGGAGUGAUGCAUUACAUGAAUAUGUGGAAAUGCUCAUCGCUAUCAUUGAAGGUUGCCCAAUGGAGGCAAAGUCCAAGGCGCAAUUUAUCUUGCACAUGCUGCAGGUCAUGCUUCCCAAGCUCGAUGUCUUUAUUGUUGACGGAAGAGCGGAUGUAUUAGAGCUAGCCCGAGCCGCUGAUGCCCUGCUCUUCUCCCUCUAUCGAACAGACCUCAGCAACACCAACAUGAACAAUCUUAUCACAGAGAAAUUGUUCCAGCUCUUCCGUGCCUCUGUUGAAGGGAUUGCAGCAUCUAACUCAAACACAAAUCUUAGGACGAUAUUCUACAGCAUUUGCUCGCAGUACCUGGGCCGCAUUACAACCUCCCCUGGUGGCCUCUCCGAUGUAGACGCGAAAGCAAGGCGUAACAGUAUGGACUGUGUUCGAUCAACGAGCCAACGGGUCGUGCAGAUCUUGUGCGAUGAUGCGGAGGACGGAGUGGACGCUUGCAGGUUGAACGCCCUCAAUCUUCUGUCGUUUCUUACUUCCCUGGCCCGCACAGAGAAAUCAAACUUCGUCCUCGAUUCAUUCGUCAAGGCCAACAUGCUAGAGAUCCUGGUUGACCCUCUCAAGCACAUUGCGGCAGAAUUUCAGAGCUCGGAACCAGUUUAUCGGCGUUACCUUCUCUCCGUCUUCGAAGCACGCAUGUUUCUCCUUCUGCAGAUCUCGCGCACCCGGGACGGCGCAGGAGCUCUCCUCGAUGCAGGGCUCAUGUCUGCUGUUCGCGACUCCAUCCUCUUCCGAGCAGAUCCCGAUCUCGGCAUCUCGAUUCCUUCGCCUGCCAACGACACGGCUGAGUCCAAUGAUUAUGCUGCUGACUCCGUCAUGUCUGCCCUCCGCACAUAUUACGUCCUUCUGUCAUCAACGCUCCGCGUUCUUCUUUCGACAUUUCUCUCCAGAGGUGCUCAGAACGAGCAAAUUCAAUAUCUCGCCCGCUCCUUUUUGACCGAAUAUCGGCCGAACAUGGUGGGUGUGUUCAAAAAGCACACGGGUGUAAGUGGCAAGGUGGACCAGGCGUUGAGGCCGCUAGUGGAGGAGUGUGUGCGGUGUUAUACAGGCCUGGCUACGUUGUCGGGGUUUGUGGAUUUUGAAGAUCAAGCAGGAUUAGAUCCUGGACAGGACGGCGGGUUCUCGUAA